CAGCGAGAUGGUAUAAGAUUUUCUUGGCAGGUCCGCACUGCUUAUCGUCGUGCCAGACCGGCCUCGCGAGAAGCUAGCAGGUUACAGAUAUAGGCGGAGAUUGGAUGAACUGUGCCCACCCCAAAGAAGUUUAAAUACCGAGGCCCCCAAACUUGCAUCUUGGAGCUUCCCUCAGGAUUCCCCACCCACUGCACAUCCACACACGGCAGUAUGAGACUUCUUGCCGGUUUAUCGGCCGUCGCGGCCCUGUUGGGCUCCGUCCAGGCAUCCCCCAAGGCCCGCUCCGCAAGCACCGUGUCCUCCAUCGUGGAGAACGGCAUCGAAUACACCGUGUUCAACCAUGGGGCCACCGGGGCCAAGCUGCAGUUUGUGAACAACUCCGGUAUCUGCGAGACGACUAAGGGCGUCAACCAGUACUCGGGAUACAUCUCGGUGGGCGAGAAGAUGAACAUGUGGUUUUGGUUCUUCGAAGCACGCAAAGACCCGAAGACGGCGCCCCUGUCGGCUUGGUUCAACGGUGGCCCCGGAUGCUCGUCCAUGAUCGGCCUGUUCCAGGAGAACGGACCGUGUCACUUCGUCGACGGCGAGAAGGAGCCGUCGCUCAACGAGCACAGCUUCAACAACUUCGCCAACAUGCUCUAUAUCGAUCAGCCCAUCGGCGUGGGCUACUCCUACGGCACGGAGGACGUCAGCGGCACCGAUGAAGCCGCCCCCCUGGUGUGGAAGCUGAUCCAGGCCUUCUACGAACAAUUCCCUCAAUAUGAGAGCCGUGACUUUGGCAUCUUCACCGAGUCCUACGGUGGCCACUACGGACCUGGCUUUGCCAACUACAUCCAGCAGCAGAACAAGGAGGUCGCGGCCGGCUCCGUCGAGGGAGAGAAGAUCGACCUGAUCGCUCUGGGCGUCAACAACGGCCUCAUGGAUUCCAAGAUCCAGGAAAAGUCCUACAUCGAUUUCGCCUUCAACAACACCUACCGCCAGCUCAUCGACAAGGCCGACCGUGACAGCUACUACGAAACCCUCGAGAGCGAGUGCCUCCCCGCCUUGGAGAAAUGCCUCAAGGACGAGGACGACGACUUGUGCGCGACCUCCAGUCAGACCUGCUCUAUGGGGAUUGAGAACCCCAUCGGCAACAGCGGGGACUUCAAUGUCUACGACGUCCGCGCGCCGGCCAACGACCCCAACCCGCCCACCACGUACCAGGACUACCUGGCUGACCCAGAGAUCAUGAAGAAGAUUGGUGCCAAGUCAGAGUACCAGGAUUGCGCGAGUGGUGCAAACAUGAGGUUCUCUUCGACGGGCGAUCAUUCCAAGUCCUACCUCGACGAGCUGUCCAAUGUCGUCAAGUCCGGUAUCCAGGUCUUGGUGUGGGCCGGUGACGCCGACUGGAUCUGCAACUGGUACGGCAACUACGAUGUCGCCAACGCGGUGGACUACCCCGGCAAGGAGGAGUUUGCGGGCAAGGACCUCAAGCCCUAUACCGUCAACGGCAAGGAGAAGGGUACCUUCAAGAACGUGGAGAACUUCUCGUUCCUGCGCGUGUACGAGGCUGGCCAUAUGGUUAUGUACUACCAGCCCGAACUCUCCCUGCAGGCGUUUGUGCAGACGAUGCAGAAGAAGCCGAUCUCCUCGACCUAAACGGGGACGAAUUCGUCGCGGUACUCAUUACGAGUACGGUUUACUUUCUACCGUUGUGUAAAAGAAGUGUAGC